AUGCAAGUAUAAAAUUAUGAGAAAACUCAAAGUUUGGUUUAAAUAAAUAUCUGUGUAUAGAAAAAGAAUAUAUUCAAAAAUUUUAGGCAUCUUCUGAUUAAGAUGAUCGAAUCAGUAGUAUUAAUCAUAAAAAUUUUAGUAUUUAUUGGUAUCUAUUGAGAGAAAUGGUAAGAAAAUGGAAUAAUCUGUAUGA